AUGGUGUGGCAGAAUGUCCAUCACUUUGGCCAGAAGUUGGUACGCCGGCGGCCCCUGACAGCAAAUGAACAGUCUGAGUCGCCCUUGUCCAGAUGCCUGUCCACUUUGGACCUGGUGUUCUUGGGUGUGGGCAGCACCUUGGGAGCAGGCGUGUACGUCCUGGCUGGGGAGGUAGCCAGAGAGAAAGCUGGACCAUCUAUCAUUAUCUGCUUCUUAGUGGCUGCCCUGUCUUCUGUGCUGUCUGGACUCUGUUAUGCAGAGUUUGGGGCCAGGGUGCCGUGUUCGGGUUCGGCAUACCUCUACAGCUAUGUCACAGUGGGCCAGCUGUUGGCUUUCAUCACUGGCUGGAACCUCAUUCUCUCCUACAUCAUUGGUGCAGCCAGUGUGGCCCGGGCCUGGAGCGCAGCUUUUGACAGUCUUGUAGGGAACCGCAUCUCCCAAGCCUUGCAGCAUGCCAUCCCCAUGCAAGUGCCCAGCUUCUUGGCCGAGUAUCCAGACUUUUUUGCACUUGGUCUGGUUUUGCUCCUCACUGGAAUCCUGGCCCUGGGAGCGCGGGAGUCAGCCCUGGUCACCAGAGUGUUCACAGGAGUGAAUCUCCUGGUGCUGUGCUUUGUCUCCCUCUCCGGCUUCGUGAAGGGCAGUCUACACAACUGGCAGCUCACGGAGGAGGACUACAAGCUGGCGGCGCUGGGGCCCAACGGCACUGACAGCUUGGGUCCUCUGGGCUCUGGAGGGUUCGUGCCUUUUGGUUUGAACGGGAUUCUCCGUGGUGCAGCAACAUGCUUCUUCGCCUUCAUUGGUUUCGACUGUAUUGCGACCACAGGGGAAGAGGUCCGCUGCCCCCAGCGCGCCAUCCCACUGGGCAUCGUGACCUCACUCUUUGUUUGCUUUCUGAUGUACUUUGGUGUUUCCGCGGCACUCACCCUCAUGAUGCCCUACUAUCAAAUUCACACCGACAGUCCCUUGCCCCAGGCAUUUAUCCACGUUGGAUGGGGUCCUGCUCAGUAUGCAGUGGCUGUGGGAACAUUAUGUGCUCUUUCAUCCAGCCUCAUAGGUGCCAUUUUCCCCGUGCCUCGGGUGGUCUAUUCCAUGGCAGAAGAUGGGCUCCUGUUCCGGAGACUCGCCCGUGUUCAUCCUCGAACACACACCCCUGUCCUAGCCACUGUCCUUUGUGGAAUUAUCGCAGCGCUUAUGGCUUUCCUUGUUGAGCUCAGCGACCUGGUGGACCUCACAUCCAUAGGAACCCUGCUCUCCUAUUCCUUGGUGGCCUUCUCUGUUCUGGUCCUCAGGUACCAGCCAGACCAGAACUUAAACUCUUGUAAGAAGGAGAAAUCUGAGAGGGGAGCUGUUGAGAUGGAGCUGGCUCUUAAAUUUUCUUCAUCCACGGAGCCUGUUUCCGCAGCAAGGACUCCAGGAAUUGCAAGGAGCCUCUGGAUCCCCACGGACACCAUCCCAACACUGAGAUCGGGCCAGAUUGUCUACAGAUGUGCCUCCCUGCUUGGUGAGUGCCAGGACUUUCCCCUUGGGCAUUUGGAAGAUGACAGCAUGUGGGGGAUCUCAUUAGCAGAGGGGGAGACACAGUACAGACAGAUUUGGUGGGAUGUGGCCCAGGGUCCUGAUCUUCUGAAGUUCCUGUGCCUGGUCCUGGCCCAGUGGCCUGGACAGCUCUUCUCUGGAGACCCAGUUUUGAUAGCUGUGGCUGUUUCAUUGUUGCUUCUCAUUGUCGGAGUGGUCCUUGUCAUCUGGAGACAGCCUCAGAGCACCACUCCUCUCCACUUCAAGGUUCCAGCACUGCCCGUGCUCCCUGUGCUGAGUGUCUUUGUGAAUGUCUACCUGAUGAUGCAAAUGACUGUCGGGACCUGGAUUCGCUUUGGAAUCUGGAUGGUGAUCGGAUUUGCUAUCUACUUUGGAUAUGGGAUCUGGCACAGCUUGGAAGAGAAGGAUGACCAACAGCCAACAGCAACAGCCUCAAGUUCCCAGACUCUCGAGGAACAUACUCCCAGUGUUGAAUUAGCUUAACUGCAGAAAGACCCUAUGGGUGUCUAUGUAUAGUGGAGAGGCAGUACUGGCCAUUGAACUUAGAGCCUUGUGCAUCGGAGGCAAGUCCUGUAGGUGUCUUCAGGUUGAGGAAAAGUUUGAAUAUUUAUGGGCUGCAGAUGGGACUUUAAAGUUGCUAUCUGUGAGCAAAUUCCUUAACUUUUUUCCUUUGCACUGAAAUGAAUCCAUGGUUUUAUGUAUGCUAGGCAAGUGUUCUAUCAAUGAGCCACAAUAAAAAUUAGUUAUUUAACAGACAAUAAAAAUUAUAUAUUUGUGAGCAGCAUAUUACUUAUAUAUUGUAGAAUGGCUAAAUCAAGCUGAUUAGCUCAUCUGUUUCCUUUUGGUUUGGAUGAGGUCAGUCUUAUAUGGCCCAAUCAGCCUUGAACUUGAGUUUUUUUAAAAUUAUGAUGUUGUUGGGUAUUCACCAGAGAAGACUGCUCAGGCAUGGAUUUAAGCCAUUAGAAAGUCUUUAUUGGCAACUACACUGGGUUGACCGACUUCAUGCAGUUAACAAGAACAGCUAGCUGGAAGCAGAACUACAGAAGUGCAAAAGCAAGAUUAGCACAUUUAGAGACUUUCCCAGAACUAUGGACUUUGAAGGAUUAGAUCCUUGUUUUCGUUUUUGGCAGGUGGUACUGUCUAUGUGCUCUGUUUUACAGCCUGGAUGGUACUUCCAUCCCAUAGUUGUGCUAGUCUGGGGCCCUGUUACAUUCCUGACUGGUCUUAGUGAAUGAGUCAACUCAUGAACUCAUUCUGUUCUAGUUUAAGAUGUGGGGCCCCAACUGGGGCUGGGUGGGUGGUAGCACACACCUUUAAUCCCAGCUCUAGAGAAGCAGGGGCCAACCUGGCCUACAGAGUCAGUUCCAGGACAGCCAAGGCUACACAGAGAAACCCUGUCUCCAAAAAACCAAAAACAAAACAAAAAGGUAGGACCCCUGCUGUUAAUCCAAUCAGAAUGAGAAUUAAAGGCCCAGUCAGGGCUGAUAGCAGAGAAGUAGACAGGGGGAACCGAGAGAACACAGACUGGUACCAAUUAUUAUCCCAACCAUGGCAAGCUUUUUUUUUUUCCUAAUGACUCUUGAUCAUUUAGCAUGGAAAAAAGAGAUUUUUCCCAAAGCCACACAUGGUUUUAUUUUUAUUUCAUGAGAAGUCCAAGCCUCUCCCAUUUUGCAGGACCAUGUCCGCAAGGGAAUCUCACUGUUGUUUUAAUUCAGAAAUGGAAACUUUAAACACCUCUAGGUCCCAAUCAAACAGUCUACUUAGUUUGGAAAAUAGCAGAAAGCAUCACAUUUAGUCAAACCAUUAGUACAUGCCCACCAAGUAGUCUCAGGGGCUUGGUAAUACUGGUAUUAUCUAGAGGAAUUACCCAUAAGGCAGAAUAGUAGGCAUCAGAAUUAGGGGAAUUGCCUGGGGUAAAGGUUUUGAAUAUUAGACAAUUUCAGCCCCUUGGAUGUCCUCUAACAUUCAUUUGUGCUGUCCCCAGUCACAGUGAGUUUUGUUAGUCAAUGGGCUGACAGUCUGGUUGGUUCCUAUCCCUGUGUAGUACAGGGAAUGGGUAUUUAAACAUAACCAGAAAUCCUGGCUGAUUUUUGGCUGGGAAUGAUUAACUCUAUACCCAGGGUCCCUUCCUGAGGCACAGAGAUUGAUUCUCCAGGUUUUUCCUGUUUUCCAAAGUCCAGAAUCUUUUUUUGUCUGUUUGUUUGUUUUUCAAGGCAGGGGUUUCUCUGUGUAACAGCUCUGGCUGUCCUGGAACUCACUUUGUAGACCAGUCACAAAUGUGUCCGCCUUUACCUCCCAAGUGCUGGGAUUAAAGGCGUGCACCACCACAGCCCAGCAGGCCAGAAGCUUUUAAAGGAAGUUUUCAGGUGUCAGUUUUACAACCCUAUUGUUUUUUUUUUUUAAAAACGUAUUAAUUAUUCUCUCAUAUAUUACAUCUGGACCACAGUUUCCCCUUCUCUCUCCUCCACAUCCACUCCUCCAUUUCCCUUCAGAAGUGAGCAGGCCUCCUAGGGAUAUCAACUGAACACAGUUACAGUAAGACUAGGCUGGAUCUCUCAGGUCCAGUGAAGAGCCUGCACGGAGAACUGGAGUGUCCGCAGGGACUUGAGAAAGGAAUGGUCAGAGAGUUAUGCCAACUGCUGAUCUCUGAGUUUGGGAAGCAGUGGGGGAGGUCUUCCAACCAUAAUCCCACGGGGUAAAUCCCUGUCUGUAUGGGGUGCAGCAGGCCGAAGCAAAGGAAGGAGACCCAUCCAUCUCCUUCUGGACUCUAGUGAGAGUUUUGUUAGAGUUUCUUUUAAUGUCUUAUUUGCUUAUUUUUUAAAAACCUGGCCAGAAUUCUGACAUCUAUAUGCACAAUGUAGUUUUUAAUCUCUGUCUAAAGUUGCCAGGCAAUGAUGGCGCACACCUUCAAUCCCAGCACUCAGGAGGCAGAGGCAGGCGGAUCUCUGUGAGUUCGAGGCCAACCUGGUCUACAGAGCGAGUUCCAGGAUAGCCAGGGCUACACAGAGAAACCCUGUCUUUAAUAAACAAACACACAAAUUAGAAACAAAUCUAUGUCUACAGCUUUAGCUAUUAAUUGAGAGGUUUUGGCUAUGAAAGCCUGGUCAUUUUUUGGACCCCAUUGCUCCGUGGAGGCCAAAUCAGGGAUCAGCUCCUGGAGGAGCUUUUUAGCUACUCUUUGAACAGUUUCAGUCCUGGUGGGGAAUACUUUUUCCCACACUGAAAAGAUAUCUAUAAAAACUAGCAAGUAUAUGUAUCCCCCAGCAAGCCAGAUCAUGGUGAAGUCAGUUUUCCCUGAGUUCACCAGGGUUUUGGUCUUUCUUUUGGAGCCCUCCCUGGGUAAGGGCUCUCUGUUUUGGAUUCACUUGAGCACAAACCUGGCAUCAAGCUGGGACAUCCCACACUAGGAUGUCCAGUCUAGGUAGAGUCUCAGUUCAGAUAAGGGGCCUAGUUCUUCACUCUGUGCUGGUUUUUAGAGGCCUUGUUAUUUCCACAAACCCUGGUAUCCAGAGGCAGCAAUAUCCCCCUGCACCUAGGGACUCUCGAACCUGUCUCUUAGUCUUUGGAGUUGGGAUCUGAAGGAUGGCAGCAGUCCUCCUCUGAGACAGGACCCUUCUGUCUCCCUUCAGCUGGUGGCCAAGAUAGGUAGCCUUUUUACAAAGUUGAGCUUUCUUAGUCAAGGUCUGUAACUCUUGCAGCAGUCCCUCAGUGGUUCUUUUUAUAAUCUGUUUUCUCAGGAAUGCUCUGGCGGAAGGGUGAGAAGUCUGCAAUUAGUGUCUAAAACCUGGGGCAACCUGGUCCAGGUGUAUAACCUCCCACUGGGUCUGUCCAUUUAAAAGCAAAGAUGAGUUGACUCACCUCUGCCAACGGGAGGCUGAAGAAUACAUCUUUCAGGUCUAAGACAGUGCACACCUGUUUCUCUGGAAGGCUCAGAGUCAUGAGAAUCAGAGGUCCCAGGUGUCUUCAUAGGCAGAAGAGGUGUAUUCCAGGGUGACCGUCAAGGCACCAGGAUGCCUGUCCCUUCAAGCCAGGCAAUAUGGACUGCAAUCAUCCUUUUGUUUCCAGGGCCAUUGGGUGUUGUUUAAU